CACCAACACCUCGCAAAAAAUCCCUAGGUUUUGACGCAUUCGUUUAUUUUGAGGUUAAAUGAUCAUUGUUGAAUAAAUUUAAAAAAGUUGUAUUGCACAAUGGCAUUCCGUGUCCAGUUUGAAAAUAACAACGAAAUUGGUGUUUUUGCAAAGUUGACUAACGCAUACUGUUUGGUUGCUAUUGGCGGGUCUGAAAAUUUUUACAGUACAUUUGAGGGAGACUUUGCUGAUACGAUACCGGUGGUGCAUGCCUCGCUGGCAGGAUGCAGGAUAAUAGGUCGGAUGUGUGUCGGAAAUAAGAACGGUUUGUUGGUUCCAAACACGACAUCUGAUACAGAAUUGCAACACAUAAGAAAUGCUCUUCCUGAUUCGGUUAAAGUUCAACGUGUGGAAGAAAGAUUGUCCGCUUUAGGCAAUGUCGUAGCUUGCAAUGACUAUGUGGCUCUUGUUCAUCCAGAUUUAGAUAGGGAAACUGAAGAAAUUAUCGCAGACACUUUGAAGGUGGAAGUUUUUAGGCAAACGGUGGCUAACAAUGUUCUGGUGGGCUCGUACUGUGUUUUGAGUAACCAAGGGGGGUUGGUGCAUCCAAAUACAAGUGUGGUGGAUCUUGAAGAGUUGUCAUCUCUUUUGCAAGUCCCCUUGGUGGCAGGGACAGUUAACAGAGGUAGUGAAGUAGUUGGGGCUGGAUUGGUUGUAAAUGACUGGACUGCUUUUGCUGGUAUGGAUACAACUUCUACUGAGUUGUCAGUAAUUGAGUCAGUGUUUAAAUUGAGUGGAGCUGUACCUUCUUCAAUCACAUCGAAGAUGAGGGCUAGCAUCAUUGAGAGCAUGUCGUAAAUUAAAGAGGAUGAUUCUUCACUAAAAGUAAAUGUUGCAGACAAAUAAUACGAGUAUGAUGUAAAAAAUUCAUGUGAUACGCACUAUUCUCAGUUUAUGAAAUGUUGCAAAAAUGUAUAUCAAUAAUUUAAUAAACAAUUUUCUAGUA